AUGCAUGCGUAUACUCGGAAAACUUUUCUAAUGUUGUCGUUGAACAUAUUUUUCACAGCAGCUAAAACACAAAAUCAUAUUCAAACUUCUGCUUUACAUGUGUUACUUACGAUCACAAUUAAUGAGAAACAUAUUAUGGCAUUAUUUGAAGAAGAUCAAACGAGCAUAUUAAAUUCGAUUGAUGAUAAAUUAUUUCUUGAAGAAACAACUGUUAAGUGGCCAUGUAAAUCAGAUCAGGGUAUGGGACAUUUAUACUUGACCAAAGAAAUCUCAUACAAUAAUAAAACGAUUGAUAAUAAUUUGGUUUCAUUUGCUGUAAAUGAAUUUAUUAAAGCCACUUUUAUUCUUUCUUCUUCAAUAAUGUAUAUUUCGUUUAACUUAAAAAGGACAUGA